CGGCCCGCCCGGGGAAGGAACCGGCGCCUGCGAGCCGGGAGGGGGGCGAGGUCGCGGAGGCGGUUGCGGCCGUUGGCGCCUACCGGCUCCGCGCGGCGCCGGGAAGGGCGGGCGGGUGGCGGCAGGCUGCUCUGCGGAGGGCAGAGCUCUGGGGAGAAAGGAAGAAGCAGCGAUUCGCUUCUGCCGCCGGCCACUUAAAAGCGCUGCGAGGCGCGGUCGCCCGCGGCGGGGAGUUGCCUUGGCCACUUCGUCGUAUUUGUAUGUUGGUAACACUAGUGCCCAAGAGGCCAAGUAUUCCUUCUGGACUUGGGGGACACGUUACAGGGUGUUUGAACAUUGACAUUCACUUACUCUUUAGACUUUGAAAGCAAUUAUCUGAAAAGACAAAUAAAAUUAGACAGUCUGUAGACAGACUGAAAAACACACUUUAACAAUGACAAUUACCUGUUUGCCUUGCGUGAUUUCAGGCAUUACACACAGAGAUGAGUGCAUGAGGCCGGCUCAUUGAUAAUGUGAUUACGCAUAGCCAAAACAGAUUUAUGUGUCUGUCUGCUUAGUUUAGUUGUAUAGAGCUCAACUAUAUGUAAAAAAAGGCUGGUAACUUUUUAAACAAAAUUAUUUUAUAUUGAUAUGUGAAAAGGAAAAGUUUUUCCCAUGAUCUUCGCUUUGCUAGAAAUGACAUUCAAGAGUAAGGCAACCAGUGUAUCCAGUGCAGCAUAACUCCAGAGAAGGUUGUCUUCCCCUUUGGAGAUACUAGGGGCUGCACAUAGAUCAGUCUGGCACAUAUUUCUUAAUAGCAUUAUUUAGGCGCACAGCUGCCCAAGUAGCUGUUGCAGAAUAUGUUUGAUGAGAACGGGUGUAUUUCUGUCUGUAUCAGAAGGCAGAAUGAUGAAGUGAAUUUCAAAACCAGUGGUCCCUGUUUUAUUAUUCUUUAACAAGAACUUAUUUGUUCUGGCUACCAUUGCAAAUAACAUUCUUAGUUAUUUCUGCACAAAACCUCUAAUGAGUUUAGCACAUAAAAAAGUUAUUGGUAACAAAAUAACUAAAAUCAGCUGAAAUAUCAAAUUAUUCAGAAUAUUAUUGCCACAAAUAAAGUUGCUUUAAUGCAACUUUAAUGCAGUUGCUUCUGUUAAAAAAGAAAUUUGUGAGGUUUGAUUUGCAUUUAGUCUAAAUGCUGUUUAACAACCAGCACAAACUAGAAUCCUAUAGAAAAAAUAAUUGUACCUUCUUACUUACAUUUUAUUUGUGUGAGUUAUUCAGUGUGAAAAAUAGCAACCUAACCUAUUAAUUACAUCAGGAGCAUAUCCAAAUGUUGGAAAUACGGAGACACAUUUAUUUAAAAAUAUAACUAUGCUAAUCUGUUCUACUUUUCUAAAUCUUCUUUGCCCACAUAGUAGUUUUAGAACAUGCAAAUUGAUUUUAUGCAAGUGUGAAAGCUCCCAUUUAUUUUAGUUAGACAUUAGUUGGAACCUAUGACCAAUAUUUUAUUACAUUUUGAAACCAAGCAGAUAAUCAUUUGUAACUCAGGUUUUAUAAAAAGUUAAAAUACGACAUGCCUAGCUUACAGUUAAGUGGAUUAAACAAAGAGUAUAAUCAACAGCAGUCAGGAGGAGCAGGAGAGUAGACACUUGAAGCCCUUGAGAGUAUAUAAAAUGUCCUUUUCAUCUGCUGGCUCAUGUCGGGCAAUGACAUUAUUUCUGCUGGAAUCACUGUUACAUAUGCUUUUCUUAAUAUGAAAUAACCCUCAUAUUUCUUACAUUUGGUUAGAUAAAGUUGCUAAAAAUUCUGGAAGGUUCUGGAAAUUUUCAGCCUCUUUUAACUUUAGUAAAAAUUGAGUGUUCAGUCCUUCCAGUGGUUGCUUAGCACCUUGCAGGAUCCUUGCUCUUAACACCAGCACAGGCACAUAGUGAGAGAGGGAGACGGUUCCUUGCAACCAAUCCCUCCUACACAAGGUAGGAUACAGUAUAGCCUAAUAUUUGUUAAUCCAUAAUAGUCUGCCUAAGUGCCAUAUAGCGAAAACUUAAAGUGUGUUUUUCUAUGGAUAAACCAUCUCUGUCGACGCAAAUAUUUGCUGUUGCAGACUACUAUUGCACACGCAACUGUGGGAGGGUUGCCUGGUUUACUGCUGAUUAGAUUUGUACAGUGAGCGACAGCCUUGGACAAUAUCCAAAGCAUACAUUAAUUUUAAUAUUAAUUUAAACUGAUGUAAGUUACUGCGGAAUAAACAGUAAUAAGCAGCUAACUCAACAGCUUUAGUAAUUUGUCCACUUUCUCUAGAGGAUUCUUUGUUAGAAGAUUCCUGAUAUACCCUUCACAUUACAUACAUGUUGUUUAGAGAAAGGGAACAAAAUCAUCUCUGCGUAUGCAUGUUAAGGAAAAACCAUGAAAAACUUAUAGGAAAAAAGCACUAGAGAGAGGGAAGAUUUAUCAUUUUCCUAGCUACUAUUUUUUUUUUUCGUUUUAGGCAAGGCUCUGUAAUAGCUGUUUAAUAUUUUUUAUAACAGAAAAUGAGAGCCUUUCACUGGAAAAGAUGUUAUCUGAAAAAAAAGUUGUAUGAAUACUGGGAUCUAAUUUAAUUUAAGUAGAAUCAUCUAACAGCACAGUGGUUUUUUAUGUCACUGUGUAACUAUAUGACGUUAAUACCUAUAUAACUUGCACAUUGUGAACAUUCACUUAUUUUUAUUAAAUCAGAGUGCUUCAUAUUCUGCACCUCAUUUAUUAUAUUCUAUGUCAUAUUUGCUGUGUCUGUAUGGGGGAAGGGUUAUGGUAAAGUCAGAGGCAAUGAAGAUGGGUACUAAUCUAACAGGUGCUCCACUCCCUUUGUUCUUUGUAUACACAUAUUCAAAUCACAAAAGGCAGGGGACAGGAUAGGGCCUGUUAACUCAUUGCUGAUUUUCCUAGCAAAUAAACCAGCAGCUGCUGGUCCAAGCUCUGACUUAACAUUGAGAAGAAGGUGGUAUUUGUAUGGGACAGGAUGCUUUCAUGGAGCCCUUUAGCAACUUAUUUUGUGACUUACAGUGCAAAAUAUAUUUUCUACUUGUAGGUGUUUGUUCUGCCUUAAAGUUGACGGUACCACCUCAUACUAUCCAUGGUAUUGAGGGGCAACCGCUCCAUCUUACUGUUAACUAUAAUUUCAACACGACAGCUUCUGAAGUCCAGAUUAUUUGGCUGUUUGAGAGGCCUCAAACUAAUCCAAAAUACUUGCUUGGCUCUGUAAAUCAGACAGUAGUUCCAGACUUGGAAUAUCAGCACAAAUUUACCCUCAUACCACCGAAUGCAUCCUUGAUGAUCAAUCCAUUACAUAUCAGUGAUGAGGGCAAUUAUAUUGUAAAAGUCAAUGUCCGUGGAAAUGGGACAAUAGCUGCCAGUCAAAAGAUUCAAGUGGCUGUUGAUGUUCCUGUCACAAAGCCAAUUGUACAUACUGAACCGUCUUCAGGGGUAGUGGAGUAUGUAGGGAAUAUGACAUUAAAAUGCACUGUGGGAAAAGGUACAAGGGUAGUCUACCAGUGGAUGAAAAAUGGCAAGCGUCUCCAUGCUGGCCCUAAUUACACCUUCUCAUCAAACAAUGCUACACUUUUAAUUCUUCCUGUUGUAAAAGAAGACAUUGGGAAUUACAGCUGUUUGGUAUCCAACCCUGUCAGUGCAAUGGAAAGCGAGAUAAUUGUACCAACCAUAUAUUAUGGACCUUACGGACUUAGAGUUAAAUCAGAUAAAGGUCUGAAAAUAGGGGCAGUCUUUACAGUUGACAUAGGAGAAGCUAUACUGUUUGAUUGCUCAGCAGAUUCAAAUCCACCAAAUACUUAUUCCUGGAUUCAAAGGGCUGACAAUACCACUCAUGUAAUCAAAUAUGGACCCCAUCUGGAAGUUUUAUCUGAUAAAGUGGCCCAGAAGACAAUAGAUUACAUGUGCCGUGCUUUCAACAACGUGACCGGAAAACGAGAUGAAACUCACUUCACAGUGAUUGUUACUUCUGUAGGAUUGGAGAAGCUGGCCCAGAAAGGAAAAUCUUUGUCAUCUCUUGCAGUAAUAACUGGAAUUUCAUUACUUUUGAUCCUAGUUAUGGCCUUUCUAUUCUUAUGGAAAAGAUAUCAGCCAUAUAAAGUGAUACAACAGAAGCUGCAGAGCAGGCCAGAGACUGAUUACAGAAAGGCACAGACAUUUGCAGGACAUGAAAGUGCUUCGGAUGACUUUGGAAUAUAUGAAUUUGUUGCUAUUCCUGAUCUUGCUGGUGGUUCUAGGGUUUCAAGUCAAUCUGUUCCUGGCUCUGACUUCAUCUCAGGCCAGGAUAUGCUUAGUACAGUUUAUGAAGUUAUUCAACAUAUUCCUGCGCAGCAGCAACAAGACCACCAACAAUGUAUAUGAAGACACAGAAACAGGAAAUCACAGCAUUUGAAAAUCCAAAUUUGAUUUCCUUUUCUCUAUUAUAUAUUGAAAGGAAAUGCCAACAACUCUACAAACAGCAAAGGCUUAUUCCAGCAUUUUUUGAAAUAGCAACUUAUCUUCAGUCUGACAGUCCCUUUUCUUCAGUUGUUCCCAAUUGCCUGUCCUUUUUUUUGCUUCUGUUUAAUUAAUAUUUUCUUGAAAAAUAUAUCUUUUUCAUUGCUUGUAUUUUUCCCCUAUUCCUGGGUAUAAAAAUUACCUGAAAAAUUACAAUACAACACUUGUAUUUUUAUUAUAAUGAUGGGUGAGAGAAAUCUGAAGAAAUCAGGCCCAAGAUGCCUCCCAUGCUUGUUUUAUUUAAAAAAUGCGCAUGGGAUUUUUACAAGAGAUGCUCUCCAUGUUGGCAAGAAAAGUAAUAAAUGCAAUAUGUUAGCACAUUUGAGGUUUAAAGUAAAAUCAAUAUUUUAACUUUUUUAAAGUAACAUUACUUUUCAUUUACCAGUUCAUAAACUAAUCUGUCAGGCAGUUACAGUUUAAAAAUGUACAUAUAUAUAUUAUUCAAAACAUUUUUAUUAAAUUGUUUCCUUUGCAUUUGAA